AUGGGGCGUACGACGUUUGCAACCAUCCCAACAGGGAGCAGUGAUAGCCACGAGUCCAGAAAAGCGCUUACCUGGUCUAUCAUCUUCCUCGCUGAAGGACUCUUAGCUAUCUUUCUGAACAUGCUGACACUUGUAGCAUUCGCGGUCAACACCAAUCUACGCAAGCGCAGUCUGUAUCUGUUGAUAAAUCUCUCAUUCGCUGACAUGUUGGUCGGUGUCGGCACGAUUGGAAUUUCAGUAACAAUGCUCACAACCCGCGAAAUGUACUAUUUUGAGCACCCCAACGAUGUUUUUAAGCCGGCAGAGAUGACCGACAUGGCUGCAACAGCUGCUUCAAUGUUGGGCCUUGCAUUAAUGUCUCUGGAGCGGAUGUACGCCGCACUGGCCCCCUUCAAGCACCGUGUCCUCCCCGUACGGGUCUACAUCAUUGGAAUAGUGUUACCCUGGUUUGGUUCGGUGUCAGCGUUAGUGCUCUACACAGCCUCGCGACUCUACUUUAUCUACGUCACCUUAGUAGCUGUCAUAGCGGAUCUGUCUCUGGUCUGCGUGUGCUAUACGGUGACUAUUAUUAGUGUCAAACGCAGCGCGCAUUCAGUCGCUCCACAUGGCCCGCAACAGAGAGAACACGAGCUUAUUAAGACUGCCCUUUUAGUAACAAGUCUGUCUGUCAUCUCGUGGAUCCCCUCUAUCAUCUGGCAGGUUCACGAGGGCAAAGUAGAUAACAACUGGGACGCAUAUGCUCUUUUUGGACGUUAUGUAAACUCUUUUGUAAACCCAGUUGUGUACAUCUUAAGAAUGAAGGAUUUCAGGCGAGCUAUAGCCAAAUGCGGGCGUAGACAUCAUCGACUUGUCGUUCCCAAAGGCACCUGUAACAGAUAA